ACUACUUCGGUUUCCAGUCAUCCCCCACCUCUUCGAUCUUAACCCAAAACCAAGAAAUGGAAACUCCUGCUUGGAUUGCCUAUAUCGCCGUCGUAGCUGUAAUCCUACUCACCCACCGUGUCUGCCGCCGUAAACUUAACUUGGCACCAGGUCCAAAAUCUUGGCCUAUAAUAGGAAACCUCAACCUUAUAGGCUCCCUCCCCCACCGCUCCCUCCACUCCCUCUCUCAAAAAUAUGGGCCUAUUAUGCAGCUCAAAUUCGGGUCUUUCCCGGUGGUUGUAGGCUCCUCCGUGGAAAUAGCCAAAACCAUACUUAAAACCAAUGAUCUCAGCUUCGUCGGCCGGCCAAAAACAGCUGCUGGCAAAUACACAACCUAUGAUUACAAAGACAUCACAUGGUCACCUUAUGGACCUUAUUGGCGACAAGCACGUAAAAUCUGCGUUAUGGAGCUUUUCAGUGCAAAACGCCUGGAAUCCUACGAGUACAUACGUGCAGAAGAACUCAGAUCACUUCUUAAAAACCUGUAUUCUUCGAGUGGCAACCCCAUUAACGUGAAAUAUCAUCUCACAGAUCUUAGCCUGAACGUGAUAAGCCGAAUGGUACUGGGGAAGAAGUACACAGUGAAGAACGAAGGUGAGGAUGAGAUAGUGACUCCGGAGGAGUUCAAGGAGAUGCUGGAUGAGCUUUUCUUGCUUAAUGGAGUGUUGGAUAUAGGGGAUUCAAUCCCUUGGCUUUCGUUCUUGGAUUUACAAGGUAAUAUAAAGAGGAUGAAGGCUUUGAGCAAGAAAUUUAACAGGUUCUUGGAGCAUGUUUUGGAUGAACAUGAGGCGAGGAGGAAAGGGGUUGAUAGCUAUGUGGCCAAGGAUAUGGUGGAUGUUCUUCUGCAGCUCGCUGAUGAUCCUAAUCUUGAAAUUAAGCUCGAUAGAAAUGGAGUCAAGGGAUUUACACAGGAUCUGAUUGCUGGAGGAACUGAGAGCUCGGCAGUAACAGUAGAGUGGGCACUUUCCGAGCUUUUGAAAAAGCCAGAGAUUUUCGACAAGGCAACAGAAGAAUUAGACAGAGUGAUUGGAAGAGAGAGAUGGGUAGAAGAGAAAGACAUUGUUAAUUUACCAUUUAUUGAUGCAAUUGCUAAGGAGACAAUGCGUUUGCACCCAGUGGCACCUAUGUUGGUUCCGAGACUCUGUCGUGAAGACACCAAAAUUGCUGGUUAUGACAUUCUUAAAGGUACUCGUGUCCUUGUCAAUGUGUGGACUAUAGGAAGGGACCCUAGCAUUUGGGACAGUCCUAAUGAGUUUUGCCCUGAAAGGUUCCUUGGGAAAGACAUUGAUGUUAAAGGGCAUGAUUUUGAGCUGUUGCCAUUUGGUGCUGGAAGGAGAAUGUGCCCUGGUUAUCCCCUGGGAAUCAAGGUGAUUCAAGCAAGUUUGGCGAAUCUACUACAUGGGUUUAAGUGGAAAUUGCCAGGGGACAUGAAGAAAGAGGACUUGAACAUGGAAGAAAUUUUUGGGCUUUCAACUCCUAAAAAAUUCCCACUUCUUGUUGUUGCUGAACGUCGUCUCCCAUCCCAUGUUUACUGUCUGUAAUUUUUGUUUGGUUUCAUUUUCCUGGUUAAGGUUUUAAUCAUUAAAUAAUUAUCAAUGCAAUAAUUCCACUAAA